CUUCAUGUUGUUAAGAUUUAUAAUUUUCCCUGAGACGGUUUCCAAGCUACAUUGUUCUGCUACUUAUUAUUUAAUAUUAAUAGAACUGUUUUAAUCUUGGCAGUGUGAAGAGGCUGGAAAGAGGAAUAUGAGGAGGUCCAAAGCUAUCUGUUUGGCGCUGCUUUGUGUUCUUUUUGCUUCUCAUAUUUACACACCUAUACCGGGCAACAUUGAAGAACGCUGGAAAGUAAUAGCUUUGGAUGCAGCUGUUAAAACUUGUACAUUUAUGGGUAUGUGUUUUGAAAAUCUAGGUAUUAUGUCACUUGAAGACUUUAUUUCCAUGAUAUUCAGGCUGGAUUAUACCCAACCACUUUCAGAUGAAUACGUCACAGUGACUGAUACAGCAUUCACUGACAUUCCAGUGCGUUUGUACUUGCCAAAGAGAAAGUCAGAAACCCCAAGACGAGCUGUAAUCUAUUUUCAUGGUGGAGCUUAUUGUUUGGGAAGUUUCAAGCAGAAGGCUUUUGACAUCCUCAACAGAUGGACUGCAAACAAACUUGAUGCUGUUGUUGUAGGAGUGGACUAUAGGCUAGCUCCCCAACACCGUUUUCCUGCUCAGUUUGAAGACAGCAUCGCUGCAGUCAAGUUCUUUCUUCAGGAUAAAAUUCUUACGAAAUAUGGAGUGGAUCACACCCGAAUCUGUAUUUCCGGAGACAGUUCUGGGGGCAAUUUAGCAGCAGCAGUGACUCAAGAGGUGCAGAAUGAUCUUGAAAUAAAACAUAAAAUCAAAGUACAAGCUUUACUUUACCCUCACUUACAGGUAAUUGAUUCUAAUACGCCAUCUCACAGAGAAAAUGAGCAUGGUGUGGUUCUGACAAGGGACCUAGCCAUAAAGUUCCUGAGCUUAUACAUCACCGAGGAUAAAACAUUUCCCCAGGCACUAAAAAGAAACCAACAUAUGCCGCUGGAAUCAAGACAUUUGUUCAAGUUUGUUAACUGGAGUACUCUCUUACCCAAGAAGCUUAGAAAGGACUAUGUUUAUACUGAACCAAUUCUUGGAAAAACUAGUUAUUCAUUGCCAUCUCUUAUGGACAUCAGAAUGUCACCCUUGUUGGCCAAUGAUUCCCAGUUACAGAAUUUGCCAUCAACCUAUGUUAUUACCUGUCAAUAUGAUAUCCUGAGAGAUGAUGGAUUUAUGUAUGUUUCAAGACUUCAAAAUGCUGGAGUUCAAGUUGCUCAUGAACAUAUUGAGGAUGGAAUCCAUGGAGCUCUAUCAUAUAUGACAUCACCCCUGUAUUUACAUCUAGGUCUUAGGAUAAGAGACAUGUACAUUAGUUGGCUGGAUAAGAAUUUAUAAGUGUAUAUCAAAUAUAUACCUGGCAUCACUUAGUUGAUUGUAUUUUGUGAUUUUUGUAGUUGUAGUACAAAGAACAAUGCCAUUUGUAUUGUCUAAAUCUAGACUUGAAUCAGUUAUAAUGAUUACUGCAUAUCCUUAAAUUAGUAAUAUUUUUGACUCACAAAACCUGCAUGUGAUCCACUUUUUUCUCAUUACUUAUGGUUAUUAGGAUUAUGUUGAUCCUGAUAGAGAUCAGUGCUUAUUAAAGUUUAGAAAUAAGAAUAAUACUGACAAGUAAGAAAAGACAAUAUACAGAUAGGUACAGAAAUUGUAUAAGUGGGAAGAGGAAAAAAAAUGAAGACAACAUCAUAAGGAAAUUGUAUUAAUUUAUUGUGGCUGUUAUAACAAAGUAUUACAAAGUGUGUAGGUUAAAAUAACAGAAAUGUAUUCUCUUGAAUUCCUGGGCCUGAAGUCCAAUAUUAGUAUCACUGGGCCAAAACUAAGGUACUGGUGAGAGACAUGUCCAGAUGUCUGAGCUCCUGCCUCUUUCACCUGGUGGCCAGCAGUACUCCUUGCUAUAGCCAAAUCACCUUAAUCUCAGAGGCUGGCAUCUACAAAUCUCACUGCUGCAUCUUCACAAAGUCUUCUCCCAUGCCUCCUCUGAGAAGGAUACAUAUGUUUGUAUUCAGAUUCUAUCCAAAUAAUCUAGAACAAUCUUCCCAUUUUAAGAUUCUUUUAAAAAUUUUAUCUUUAUUAUUGAGAAUAUUACAGAUGUCCCUUUUGUUUAUUUUUUCCCCAUUGGCCCCCUCCACCCUGCACCUGCCCCUCCCAGA